UGCAGUGUGCCACAUAAAUGCGCAGAAACAGUCCUGUGAGCCAGCCAUGCCGCUAGACCGAAUUCCUGCCUGGAUGACCACAGUAAUCUGUGGGCUCCUACUUCUCCCACUCCAGAUCCAGGGCCAGGACCCAGCCAGCCCCAUCAGAACCACACAAUCUGGGCAGGUGCGGGGCAGCCUCAUCCAUGUGAAUGACAAUGUGGGAGUGCACACCUUCCUUGGAAUUCCCUUUGCCAAGCCACCUGUAGGACCACUGCGGUUUGCCCCUCCAGAGCCCCCUGAGCCCUGGAGUGGUAUAAGGAAUGCCACCUCCUACCCAGCCAUGUGUCUUCAAACAUCUGAUGCAAUGAAUACAAUGAUUCUGAAGCUAUCCAAACCUGCCAUCUCCAUGUCUGAAGACUGCCUUUAUCUGAACAUCUAUUCACCUGCCAGUGCCCAGGAGGGCUCUAACCUGCCUGUGAUGGUGUGGAUCCAUGGUGGUGGACUGGUUAUGGGCAUGGCUUCCUUAUAUGAUGGAUCCAGGCUGGCAGCCACUGAGAAUGUGAUGGUGGUCAUCAUCCAGUACCGCCUUGGAAUCCUAGGCUUCUUCAGCACUGAAGACCAGCAUGCCACUGGAAACUGGGGCUUCCUGGAUCAAGUGGCCGCCCUACGCUGGGUCCAACAGAAUAUCGCCCACUUCGGAGGCAACCCCGACCGUGUCACCAUUUUUGGCGAGUCUGCAGGUGGUACGAGCAUAUCCUUACAUGUCCUGUCCCCCAUGUCCCAAGGACUCUUCCAUGGGGCCAUCAUGCAGAGUGGAGUGGCCCAGACACCUGCCUUAAUCUCCAACUCCUCUGAGGUGGUUGUUAAGGUGGCCAACCUGUCUGCCUGUGAGCAGGUGGACUCAGAGGCCCUGGUGCGCUGCCUGCGGGGCAAGAGUGAAGAGGACAUGCUGGCUAUUACCAAGUCCUUCAAGAGAGCUACUGUUGUGGUGGAUGGGACCUUCCUACCCAGGCACCCCAAGGAGCUGCUGGCCUCUGCUGACUUCCACCCUGUCCCUAGCAUCAUUGGUGUCAACAAUGAUGAGUAUGGUUGGCUCCUCCCCACGAUCUUGGGAUUUGCUGACACCAUAAAGGGAAUAAAUAGACAAACCUUACCAGCUAUUAUGCAGAAUACAGUAGGACUCAUGAACCUGCCUGCUGAGUGUGCUCACCUGCUGAUGGAAGAGUACAUGGGGGACACCGAGGACCCCCAGACCCUCCAAGCCCAGUUCCAAGACAUGAUGGGAGACUUCAUAUUCGUGAUACCUGCACUGCAAGCAGCACAUUUUCAGCGUGCCCAUGCCCCUGUCUACUUCUAUGAGUUCCAACAUCCUCACAGCCUCUUCAAGGACCUCAAGCCCCCACAUGUGAAGGCUGACCACGGUGCUGAGAUUGCCUUUGUCUUUGGGUUCUCCUUUUACGGCAGCAACGCUGACUUUUCUGAGGAAGAAGAACUACUGAGCAGGAAGAUGAUGAAGUACUGGGCCAACUUUGCCCGCAAUGGGAACCCCAAUAGCGAGGAUCUGCUCCACUGGCCCAAGUUUGACCAGAAUGAGCAGUACCUACAGCUGGACAUCCAUCCUGCCGUGGGCCAGGCCCUGAAGGCCUCCAAGCUGAAGUUCUGGACCCAGACCCUGCCCCAGAAGAUCCAGGAGCUCAAAGGGGCUGAGGAGAAGCACCUACAGCCAUAGUGGUCUAUGUCAGGAGGUGUGGGCUUGAGUGCAGGUUUGGUCAACAUGAGGCACCCACAUGUUUACCAUGAAAUGCGAAUUGACUCCAAUGUUCACUUGGCCAUUCAUCCCCUCUUUAUCCAGCCAGCCACCCAACUAGCCAAUCCUUAUGAACAACUGCCUGCAUGACGUUCAUGACCAACUUGCCUGAGCACACUCUUGUUAGACACACUCAAUAAAUUCCCCCAUGGCAAUGCAA